UAGCCCCUCCCAUGAGCCCCAGGGUCUGUUAUAUCUCUGUUCCUUGAGUACCUCUCACUGAGACGGACCACAGCAAGCAGAGGCUGAAAAAACAAGGAAAGAGGAAGAAAACAAAAGCUGCCACUUAUGGAAGAUAGAAAGGGUUCUACCGUGAAGAGAUUUUGCUCCAAAAAUAUCUUGGUAAUCCUUGGCUUCUCCUCUAUCAUGGCUGUGAUAGCUUUAAUUGCUGUGGGGGUGAACCAGAACAAACCAUUGCCAGAAAAUUUUAAGUAUGGGAUCGUGCUGGAUGCAGGCUCUUCUCAUACAAGCUUGUACAUCUAUAAGUGGCCAGCGGAGAAGGAGAACGACACAGGAGUGGUAAACCAGAUAGACGAGUGCAAGGUCAAAGGUCCUGGAAUCUCAAAAUAUGUUGAGAGAGUCAAUGAGAUAGACGAUUACCUGGAAGAGUGCAUGAAGAAAGCCCAGGAAGUAAUCCCAAGGUCUCAACACCACGUGACACCCAUUUACCUGGGCGCCACAGCAGGCAUGCGCUUGCUCAGGUUAGAAAACGAAGAGUCGGCAGAUACGGUCCUGGAUGAAGUAACAAGGAGCCUCAGCAAGUACCCUUUUGACUUCCAGGGUGCCAGGAUCAUCACUGGCCAAGAGGAAGGUGCCUAUGGUUGGAUUACCAUCAACUACCUGCUGGGCAAAUUCACUCAGACAUCAGGUUGGGUCGGCCUAAUUCCAAAUGGCAACCAUCAAGAGGGAACCUUUGGAGCUUUGGACCUUGGAGGAGCCUCUACACAAAUCACUUUUGUGCCCCAAAACAAGACUAUUGAGUCCCCAGACAACGCUCUGCAGUUUCGCCUCUAUGGCCACGACUACGACGUAUACACGCACAGCUUUUUGUGUUAUGGGAAGGACCAAGCACUCUUGCAGAAACUGGCCAAAGACGUUCUGGAAACAAAAGAUGGAACCCUCAGGGACCCGUGCUUUCACCCUGGCUAUGAGAAAGUGAUGAACGUAAGUGAGCUUUUCAGCACUCCCUGCACCAAGAAAUUCAAGAAGACUCUUCCGUUCAGUAAGUUUCACAUCCUGGGUACUGGAGACUAUGAACAAUGCCAGCAAAGCAUCCUUGGGCUCUUCGAUACCAGUCACUGCCCUUACUCUCAGUGCGCCUUCAAUGGGAUUUUCUUGCCACCACUCCAAGGAAAGUUUGGGGCAUUUUCAGCUUUUUACUUUGUGAUGGAUUUUUUAAACUUGACAUCAGGAAAGCUCUCUCAGAAGGAGAUGACUGCGACGAUGCUAAGUUUCUGCUCUAAGCCUUGGAAUGAAAUAAAGACAGCUUUCAGUGGAGUAAAGGAGAAGUACCUGAGUGAGUACUGCUUUUCUGGAACCUACGUCGUCACCCUCCUCCGGCAAGGCUAUCACGUCACAGACGAAGCCUGGAAGCACAUCUACUUCAUAGGCAAGAUCCACGGCAGCGACGCCGGGUGGACUCUGGGCUACAUGCUGAACCUGACCAACAUGAUCCCCGCAGAGCACCUGCCCAACACGACUCUCUCCCACCCCGUCUACGUCUUCCUCAUGGUCCUGUUCGCCCUGAUCCUGGUCGCAGUGGUCAUCGCAGGCUUGUGCAUCUGUCUUAAGCCUUCGUGUCUACAGAAUGACAUGGUAUAGCGUAUCCCAUCCGUGCAGUCUGCUGGCUGGAGUGAAUAAAAACUUGCCCAGGGAGCACUUUA